GCCCUCGAUCCUUCCCCUGCCCCUUCCCUCUCCCCCCGCCCCUUUCCCUCCACUUAUUAGCUGGGGAAAAUCCAGAGAUGUGGGGGUUGGAUUGGGAGAUUGCGAGCUGGAGUUUAUUUUGAAUUUGAAAUCCUGAGUAUUGCGAUGGUUUUGUGACUGUUGGCAUUACUGUGUUAAGCUGAAGAGAAGUUAUAUUUGGUUUUCAUCGAAGACAAUAAACUAAGCCAGCAUACCAAUUGAAUGCUAUAAUUCAGCCUAGUUGUGGCCUAUGGUGCAAUUCUUGAAGUCUUGGCUCAGGUUUUAGACUUGUGAUGGUUCUGGAACCAGGGGAACCAGCUUGUGUUACUUAAAUGCUUGUAUUACUCUUGGUUUCCCACAUGACUUGAUUGCAUAGUCUCCUUGUACUCUAAGAGAACGAUGGAAUCAGGCCCUGCUUGUAUUUCACUUUGAAAACUGUGUGUUGCCAGAGUCGUCACAGUGAGUAGGGAAUUGCACUGUAUUUUUAAUUUUACACUUUUUCAUAGGCUGUCUCAUACAUCCCCGUCUCACUUGUAAAAGCACAUGUACAAAUGCUCUGUAAAUGUGUGCGUAAGAUUAUUUUUUCCCCUGAAGUUCUAAAAUCCAUGUGUGUUUUAGAGAACUUAUAUUAAGGGGUGUGCGCCCAGCAGUAAAUGACUCUGGCAACAGACUAUUUACAAACUGAAAUGCAAAUGAAUUUGCUGUGCUAUGCCAUAUAAUACAAGGAGAAUAUUAAGUUGUUGUAUAACACUGCCACUUUGAUUUACAGACAAUUUGUAUCCAGGACAAAUUGACAAACAGCAAACAAGGCCCUUCAAGUCAUGAAAGUGAGUUUAGCAAAAUCCCAUGGUUUAGCAGAACCUGAAAUACAACAGCUCUCCUUCCCUUUCAUCUUGCUGUUCUGUUUUCCUCAAUUAGAUUUCCCCUCUAAUAUCUUUGUUUUCUAACAUUUGAAGCAAUAGAAAUGAACCCAUGGCCCUGUUGCUAGGUUUCAAGCUGACUUUAUGCCGCCAACUGAGUCACUAUUUUCAUUUUUGAAUUCUGAAUUAAGUCCUGAGGCAAAAAGGAUCCUGUUUCUUAGCAACACAGAUGGGCAGAUUAUACAUUCCAGCUCUUUUGUACAACAAAAGAAUAAACAGCUUCUGGAAUAAACAUGUGCUGCAAGUUCAUCUGUUUGCUUAGCUUCCCCUGGCCCCUUGCAGAGGAGAAGGCUGGCUGUGCAAUACAGUAUGUGAAGUUCGUCGGAAAGAACUGACUUGAGAGAGCGCAGGCACCACGUGAAGUAGAAAUGGCGACCAUUCUUCACAAAGGCAAACAUCCCUUCUUCUCCUUUGAUAGAAAAAUCAAAUUUACUGCAAGCCUGGAUUUGGCCUUUGCACAGAAUCAAAGUUUUAAGCAACCUCCCAGAACCGGUUCAGAUACAUGGCAAAAGCAGCCUCCUGAUUUUAGUUACAAGCUUUAUCAAACUUCCCAACCACCACCUCAGGCAUGUCAAAAAGAAAAAGAAGAACUGAAGAAGAGCAAGAGUUCAAAAGCUGACACCAUCCAGCAGCUAUCUAUGAGAUAUUCUAGCCAGUUCCUCCCUCCUUUGGGAAGGAAGAAGAAAUUGCCCAUGUUUGUCACAAGGUUUCCCCAGGUGGGCUUAUAUGAAGCUGAGAUAAUGUUUGUAAAGAAUGGAAAGUAUAAGACUGGCACAUACCAGGAUCCCAAACCCUAUGACUUUAGGCAGUCUGAAGCUAACAUGCCAGAAUUUGUGACAAGUUAUGCCGGAGACCCUUUCAAUUUAAAGUUCAAAUCACAGAAUUUAAACACAGGUAAGUCUUUUCUAACACAGAAAUUAAUUGAACCAAAGACAUUUAAUAUACAUUCAGGUGCCAUCCAGUGUUGUCCUUUGCCUUUUUAUAGUACUCAGAUAUUUAUUACUUACAAGCCUCGUGAAUGCAAGUGGGAUUCCACGUUAAUUCUGCCAAAGAAUCCCUGGCCACCCAAACCUGCCUCAUUUACGAGACACAAAAGACGGCGUGGUGCCUACACUGCAUUCCUAGAUCGUGUGGAAGAAAGGUUAAGUAACAUCUGGCAACAUGGGGAUCCCAGGCUAAUGGGCAGGACAAGAAGAGAGCAAUGCAAUGGAAGUUCUACAGCAAUAUCCAACAUUCCUGAACUAUGAAACAUAAAUAUCACCACAAACUCUGAGAGAUACUAGUGGUAUUUAUCCAUAUUUCUCAUACACCUUGUUGUGUCAGGUCUCAGCUUUUUGAGAAUCCUGGCUUGGAAUAACAAAGGAGGGCUAGAGCUCUUAGUUCAUACAAAUUAUCCUGGGUAGAUCCAUUAAUUAAGAACUUGUAAUGUCUUUAGUACAAUGCAGUUGGUGUAACUUUUAAAGCACUGAUUCAAAAUAGAAACAAAGUAAAAUGUAGCAUGAGUUUGCAAAA